GGGAAAACAAAGAACAGGUGUGAGCUUGGGGUGCAGGGAGACAGAAAACAAAGGACUAGACCAGGUCUCCGUAGCAGCAGAUCAGUCAGCAGCUGAGAAACAGGGGUCAGCCAGCUCCUGGUCUUCUCCUCAGUGACUCUCCAUACUUCCUGUUUAAUCACUGUUCCCUCAGGGAUACUCCGCUAUCCAUUUAUCAAGCCCAGAAAAAAGUCCAGGUUCUCUUUAUUUCUGGAGAUGAAGGACUUAGGUCAGCCUGAAUGAAUCGCAGACAUGUCUUGACAAUGAUGAGUCCUUUCAGCUACUCCCUUAUGCAGGGGUUGUGACAACAACUUCAUCCACACUGGCCCAUUUGACAGCCUUCGCAGCCACGUGACACACUUCGCCUUUAAGCCGAGAAUCUGCCUCAGGUGAAAACCCACCCACCUUACAACACAACCCCGGGGAAAGGUGGAAAGAGGCAAAACGAACUAGAUUAGAGUGCAGCAAACACACAGAAACGUCGCAAAGACACCUUACAGGUGGACAAUUUGACUUGUUUCUUAAAGAAAUAUUCAAAGAAACAGAUAAAGUAAGAGGCGGGUACAUCUUAACCUUUUUCUGAUCUUGAACCACAUUUGACCCGAGCUCCACGGGUUUAGAGGUGUUUGGUUCAGCCACAGGGCGCACACCGGAGGAGGAGUUCACGGUGCGUCUGCGGUGUGCGGCGGUGAAACGGCGCGUUCAGACGCAGAGACGGAGCCAAACCAACUGCAACACCUGGAGACUCCACUUCCACACAGCCAGUCCGCAGCCUGUACCCACUGCAGUCGCGGCAGAGAUGGGCCAUGACUUAUCCGAGUAAGGCUGCUGAAUAGAAUGGCCGCUGAUGAACGGCAUCUACCAUCCAGCUGUGGGUCCUACAUCAAGACAGAGCCAUCCAGCCCUUCCUCUGUCAUCGACACGGUCAGCCACCAUAGCCCAAGCGGCAACUCGGACGCCAGCGGCGGCUAUGUCAGUACCAUGAACAGCCAUUCUAACGGCCUGGACUCUCCACCCAUGUUCACCCCCGGCGGGCUCGGUGCUGCUUCCUGCCGCAAGCGCUACGACGACUGCUCCAGCACCAUCAUGGAAGACUCGUCCAUAAAGUGCGAAUACAUGUUGAACUCCCUCCCCAAGAGGCUGUGCCUGGUCUGUGGAGAUAUAGCCUCGGGGUAUCACUAUGGGGUAGCUUCUUGUGAGGCCUGCAAAGCCUUUUUUAAAAGGACAAUACAAGGUAACAUAGAAUACAGCUGUCCUGCCACAAACGAAUGUGAGAUCACAAAACGGAGACGCAAAUCAUGUCAGGCUUGUCGCUUCAUGAAAUGCCUCAAAGUGGGGAUGCUCAAAGAAGGUAAGAAGAGGGUUCGUCUGGACCGUGUGCGAGGGGGUAGACAGAAGUACAAGCGGAGGCUGGACACAGAAAACAACCCGUACCUGGGCUUGACGCUCCCCCCUCCUACCAAAAAGCCUCUCACAAAGAUAGUGUCUCACCUGUUGGUGGCAGAGCCAGAGAAGAUCUACGCCAUGCCCGACCCCACCAUGCCAGAGAGCGACAUCAAAGCCCUCACCACGCUGUGCGACCUGGCUGACCGUGAGCUGGUGGUCAUCAUCGGCUGGGCCAAACACAUCCCAGGCUUCUCCACCCUCUCUCUGGGAGACCAGAUGAGCCUACUGCAGAGCGCCUGGAUGGAAAUCCUCAUCCUCAGCAUCGUGUUCCGCUCGUUGCCAUACGAGGAUGAGCUCGUGUACGCCGAGGACUACAUCAUGGACGAAGAGCACUCACGGCUGACAGGACUGCUCGACCUCUAUGUCUCCAUCUUGCAGCUGGUGCGCAAGUACAAGAAGCUCAAGGUGGAGAAGGAGGAGUUUGUGACCCUGAAAGCCAUUGCUCUCGCCAACUCAGACUCCAUGCACAUAGAGGACAUGGAGGCAGUCCAGAAGCUGCAGGACGCUCUCCAUGAGGCCCUUCAGGACUACGAGAGCAGCCAGCAUCAGGAGGACCCGCGACGGGCUGGAAAACUGCUCAUGACGUUGCCCCUGCUGAGGCAGACUGCAACUAAGGCUGUGCAGCACUUUUACAGCAUUAAGGUGCAAGGCAAGGUGCCCAUGCACAAACUCUUCCUGGAGAUGCUUGAGGCCAAGGUCUGAUUGGAGGCGAGGGGCUGCAAUAAAAAGACAGAGAGUGAUUUGAAUCAUGGCUGAGGGUUCUCAGGAGACAGAACCAGCCAUGUAGUUUGCAAAGCAGAAACUGACAUCUCCUCUUUGUGGAUCUUUGGGACUUUAAAUAAAAAAUAAAAAAAAACAAGUGAAAAACUUGGUUAGUAGUAUAAAUAUAAAAUGAUCCAGAUUAAUUUAAAAUAUAUAAUAAAUAUUAUGUACAGUAAUAACUUUCUUUUGUAAUUAUCAGUGGUCAUGCUGUAUAUGAAGGACCUUUCUGCCCCUUUGCAUCUUCAGAACAAGUAGGAAGUUCCUAAAAAAUGUUCUGAAGAAAGCAAAGGUGUCAACAACCAUAAGCAGGCUCGUGUUGUUGUUUUUUGUUUGGACUUAACCAGGACAUGUAAAUAAUUACUAUUUGGAAAGCUGAGUGUACAGUUCGUAAUCUGACGAACUUGGUAACCAUUUUCUCUUGCUCUCCUCCUGCAAAAAAGAAAAAUUGUAAAAAAUAAAAAAAAACAAGAGAGAGAGAAAAGAGGAAAAUUGUUACCUAAACGAUAAUUCUUAUCGGUUAAAUGUCCAUGGAUAAAAUACCUCUCCUGAGCAGUAAGCAGUGUGAUCUUAGUGGAUCCUUCUCAGACUGGAAAACUCCCUGAAUCCAUGUUUAACCAACCUAGCAUAGGCAGGUAAAAUAGUCUUAUGUAGUAAUUCAGCAAUAAGGGGAGCUGCGGGGAAGCCAAGUUGCAUUUUCUAUAUUUCAUGUGCUUUUCUUUGCUGCUGUUGCCUAAAGACCAUGCCUGUUCAUAUGUCAGUUUCACCUGUGCGAGACACCACUUGUUCCCUGUUGUACACUCAUAUUUUUCCCCUUGUGAAGAAGUUUGUGUUGGUGCUUCUCAAGCACUAAACCCCCAAAUUCAGCUGUCGGUUAAGUCUAUGGAAAUUGCUUCUUGACAUGCAAAUAGAUGAUCGGAUUGAGCCUAGGUGAAAGAUAAUCAGCGGGUUCGGUGUGGAAGUUUCAAAGGAUUUAUGCCGAGUGGCGGAAGUCCAUGAGAUUCCUUGUUCAAACAAUCAGAGGCCUAUAUGUCAACCACUCUAUUUUGGGCUCUUUAAGUCAGAGGGAGCAAGGUGUCCGGCAUCUGCUCUCACCAUUUUAGACACCUCCCAUCUUUCAAUAGCUGUGCCUGUAUUUAUGGGGCUUCAACUGAAUGGAGGUGAAUGGCAGUUGCAAAGCAGGAGCUGCGCUUCACACUGGGUUUAUUUUUACCUAGUGGGGGGGCUGUUGACUGUGCAGCCUCUGCACCAGGAGUACAAUGAACACGUGGACCACUUCUUGACCUCAUGUUGACACAGUGGCCGGUGCAGAAUAACACCUUUCCCGCCGGCAUCUCGUGCGCCCGAUCAUGCACAUGUGAACAGCUAUGCAAGAACCAAAGUGUGCACGCCUCAAAGGGCAACAGUGUGUCUGUACAAGGUGUGAUCCCUGGUGUGGGGAUGAUUCUCCUGCUUCUCCCUGUGUUAAGGUCCAUUACGCUAAGUGUGAGUAAUGCUUCAGUGCCGUCCGCCACCCUCCACAUGCAGAGGAAUGUGCCGGAAGGGAAUGCUUAUAUUGCUGUAGAGAUAAAGUGUGGCUAUGUCACAACAAUAUGAUACUGUGAUCAAAGGAAUCCCUGACAUUGCAUAGGUUAGAGUUGCGGCUACGCUUGUGAUAUCAAAGGCUAGUAGCAAUCGAGCGGUCAGCAGCUGCCUGAAUGGCCACUUAAUGGAGAACCACUACUCCCCAGAUCAUCCUACACCUCCCUACUUGAACUACCCAAUUAACGAACACUUCUGUGGAAGGUGAAAUUUAAGUUGUUUUACUGUUGUGCAAUACAGCAGGGACCAAUUCUGACUGAAAUUAUGCUAAGGGCAUGUGUUUAGAGUAAGCGUAUUCUAAAUCUUUUAGAUGAAAAUCCAUACAAUCAGAUUUCAUUUACACUUAUUUUAAUUAAAUUGCAGUACAAUAGAAGAAAUGGUUAAAGUGUAUUUUGCAAACAGAAGUCUGGAUAAUUUCAACUUUCUUUCCUGCAAAAAGACAGCGCCAGUAUUGGAGUUUUGGCUUGAGUAAAAAUACCACGCUUUCAAGGUAUCAUAGUUGUAACAAAGGCUAUGUUCACACAGCAGGCAUAUGCGACCCAAAUCCAAUUUUUUUGCCCAUGUGUGACCCAUAUCUGACUUUUUCAUGGCAGUCUGAAUGGCCAAAUUCCGAUUUUCCCACCUUCAAAAAAAUCUGAAUUGUGCCACUUCCAUAUGUGGUACUAAAUAGGAUAAAGCAUCAGGGUCCUCGUCCAGGCUCCAACAUGCAUCCACACAGAUUUCUCUAAAGAAGUAGCAGUCACUGCUCCACAAAAGACCAUUGUUUAAAGUUGUGCUCUCUUUUUUCUUACAUUUCUUCGUCAUGUUAUCAUGUGGUCAUAAUAUUGUUGGCUCUUGUUGCUCAACAACAAAUGACAAAACCGAUGCUGACAUCCAUUUUUACUUCCAUAAACAGUGUGCUGCUGUGUGACGUCAGUUUUCUCCCUUUGUGCAUGUGGGUUGCUUUGGAGUCAAGAACCAUUUAGACUGACGGCGGUCGCAGUUAUAUAGUAGUGUGUACCACCAUGCAAAAAAAUUCAGAUUUCAGCAAAAAAUCUGACUUUUAACUACAGGAACAGAAAAACUAGAAGGGAAUGCCUAUAGUGAUAAAUUGUGGCACAAUCAUAGCUAUUUGGUGCAUUGGUCAAAAGAAACCAAAGAGUUGCGGCCACACAAGCCUAUUUCAUUCAUUCUACCCACCCCUAUUUGAACUAGCCACUGUCCAGUUAACUAACUCCUUUCUAAAAGGUCAAAUUCAUAAGUGAAAUUAAUUUAAUGUUGUGCAAUACAUCAGGGACCAAUUCUGACUGAAAUUGUUUUAAAGGCAUGUUUUAAAAGCAAACUUUUGGAGAAAUUUUUAUUAGUUAUAUUUAAAAUUAUUUAGAUAAAAAAAAUUUAACCAUACUUAACUUGCCUUUAUUUUAGUAAAAAAUGGAAAAAAAGAAAUUACAAAAGGUUUUUGCAAAUAGAAUUUUGUAGAGGGUCUAAAUGAAUCCUAAGACUUUUGAUCUUUUCUUAAUUUUUCCCUGCGAUAUGACAACAUAUUAAAUAAAAGACAGGACUUACAUGAAAUGCAUGGGCCGGUAUGAGAGUCUCACCUUGAGUAAAGAUAUGUUGGUUGGCAAAUAUUUAAAAUACAAAUGAUUGUUUGAUUUUAAACAGCUUGCCAUAUCUAAAAGAAUGAUGGCUGGUCCAUGUUUUCCAGAAAUAUUACCAAACAGUAGAUAUGGUCUUUUCUGUAAGUGUUAGGAAAACCUAGUAGCUUUUUUCAGGCCAGGUGAAAGGUAGUGUGCAGCAAGAAGUGGGGUAGGGGCAGCAAUGCUUUACUCCAUGCUCCAUAUAGCCUGAAGAAACUCUGCUCAACCUGGCAGUUUCUAUGGCAAUUCAUUAAAUGUACUUUAAACUGUAAGGAAUGGUAUGGAGAAAGUCUGACAUUAGUACCCGGCCCAUGCCUACAUACACUAUAAGUUGUUCCUGUAUGUGGAUUGUAAAUAUAAUAAAUAUCAGCAUUAUUAACAGUAGGUUGCCAAAAUACCAUUGGAGAACAAGUAUGCAGCACCCUGCUGACUACUACCUCAUCACCAUAUUAUCAAUGUUCCUCUGGUUCAACUUUCUGCUCUCAUCUGUGACAUACCUGAGCCAUCAUUGUUUUUAUUAACCACAGAAAAAAAUGAAAUAUGUUUCUCAGUGCUCCUGCCAAAACAUUUGUAAUUAUAGUCAUGUUCCUCUCAUCCCACUGAUUCCUCACAGACAUUUGUAAAGGAAAAGCAUCUUUCAUGUUGACCGUACAAAUUUACUGUUGGGGUGAGGCAAAGUGGGUAUGUGUUUAUAUUAGCAUUGUUGUGUCAGAAUUGGUCCCUUCAUGAGACAAACUGCAAACGGGGGGCAGGUAACUGAUUUCCUGCGUCUGUGUUGAGUAUUUAUGGUGUGAAAUAUAUCAUUUGGCAAUGGUGUACGUUGAUAUCUCUGAUUGUUGAAUCACCAAUAUCUGUGUAACUUCUGUUUUGAUUUUCAAAAAGGUAAAGGAUCAAUGAAUUAAAUACUCACUGAGCUCUA